CAAAGAUAAAUGUAUUUUUCUUUUUCAGGCCUCAAAGUGACCUUGAUCAGGAUGACGGUCAGCUGGAAGGUUUAGAUGAUAGAAACAAGCUUUUACAUAACAGUGAUCAUGAUGAAUUAUCUGUGAUAUCAACUGCAUUUAAUUUUAGAAAUAUAGAUCCAUCUAGUGUUACAGAAAAAACCUCAGCAUAUGCAGUAACAAUAUUUAGUUUUUUGGCUGUGGGUUUUUCAAUAUUUUUGAAGUUUGCAGAGGAUGAUAUAUCGGCUGGUAAAGCCUGGGCUAUUGUUCUCACUGUGAUAAUUUCAUUGGCUAUGCUAAUAUUGUUGAUAUCGUUGUCAUGCCAACCACAAAAUAAAAGUGAUGUAGCAUUUAAGGUACCAUGGUUACCAUUUCUACCGGGUAUUAGUAUAUUUGUUAAUAUAUUUCUCAUGCUACGUCUACCUGAAGCGACAUGGAUCCGGUUUGCUGUAUGGAUGGCAAUAGGUUUUCUCAUAUAUUUCUCAUAUGGCUGUUGGCACAGUCCUGAACCGAUAUUCCAUGACAACCUUUCCCUCUCCUCCCUCCAACUUCACCCUCAUACUGAGAUUGAUGAACUAUUUGAUGAUAUUGAGACAGAAAUUAAUGUUUAUGUUGAUCAUACCUCUGAUGAAGACGACAGAUAAUCUUCGGCUUGGGUUAGCAAUUUAUUUUUUGUAUGGAUACAGUCACAGCAAUCAGGGACUUAGAAAAUCGGUCACUGACACAUUCCCUGAUUACGAGGUGAAAUAUGAAAAGAAAAGAAGUGCAGGCCAAAAGAUGAAACAAGACGCUGAAAAAGUAACGCUGAUAAAUGAAAAUACAAAUUUGCUUUGAAGUUGUAAGGAAAGUUAUGCUGAUGGACAGAGUGAAAGCAAUGUUGUUUAAUGAGCACACAAAUUUGCUUUGAAAUCCAUUUGUUUACAUUAUACAUGAAAUUAAAUUUAUAGAUAAAAUCUAUGAAAUCUCUAAAUUCUAUUUUACAAAAAACUUUAUGAUAUGUUUUACAUAUUUUGCCGCUAUCAUCACUAUGUCACGAAUACAGUAAAAAAACAUGAUAGAAAUAAAAUGUUAUUGUGAUGCUAUGUUUAUUUUUGUGUAAUUGAAAUACAAAUGUACUUGAAAAACUGUUCUAUUUGGGACCAAUUUAGGCAGGACUUGCUCAAAAGAAAAAAUCAAGCUAUUGCUACAGUUGUGUCAUCCUGCUACUGUUGCUGUCAUGACCUUGACCUUGAAGGUCAAAUUAAUGUAUUUUGCUUGAUUUUUGCUAUGAUUGUUUAUAACUUUGUUAUUUAUGUACGGAUUUUCUGCAUACUUUGACACAAAAACACUUAAGGAUAGGCCAAAUUGAUUCUGACCUUCUUAAGAACACUUAUAAUAAAACCGGUUUUUUGAAUAACUUAAAUAUGACAUUGACCUUUAUUUGAUCUUGACUGUCAAGAUUUGUUUAAAAUGUCACUACUUUGUUUUUGAUUUACAUAUACACAUGUAUGAUUCAUAUUUAGAAAAAAGAGCAAAUAUUACAAAACGGACAUGAUGAUUAAUUCAAAUGUGACAUUGACCUUAAUUGACAUUGAUUGUCAAGGUCAGAUAUGAAAUUUGAAUUUUAUUAAAUUUUGUUAAAUGAAAUAUGUUUUGUAGCAGCACUAUUAACUAUAAUAUUUUUUCUCUGAAGUUUUUGACUUCAGAAAUAAGAAAAUGGACGAGUGUGACCCCAGCUAGGCCCUGGCUCUUGUUAUAAUGUAUUUAUGGUAUUCAAACUAGAAUUGUUUAUCUUCUGUUAGAAUCAUGUAUGUAAAGUACCAAUUUAAUUUUGUUUUGUGACAGAGAGUCAUUGUAAAUGUUAAUCAGAUUAAAUGCAUGAGUGCAGUUUUUCAUCCUGUCAACAUAUUUUUUAAAAGUUUCAUUUUUUUUAUCAAGUUUCUGUCAUUUCAAUCUUAGAUGAUUGGAAAGAUACUAUACUGCCAAAAUGUAUGUUUGCAAAUAACUUUAGCUAGAGGUGUUUCAAGUUACAUGUAGCUCAAACCAUGACCCCUCUCUUUAGAU